AUGUCCUUCAAAAAAGUCAAGAAACUGAAACCUGAUUCUUUCUUUGGAGUCAGCAAGAUCUUCGGCCUGCAGGAGGACACCUUCAGCAACUACAUCAACGAGAAGGACGUGGCCCUGGUGAUGUUUUACGACCCCAAGAGCCCUUUCAGCAAACUGUCCAAGACGCACUUUGUCAAGGCCACCCAAACCAACAAGCGAGGUAACGUCGCCUUCGCCGCUGUCAACUGUGAGGACGAGCGCCGGUUGUGCCUGGCCGAGAACAUCACAAACAUCCCCUCGUUCAAACUCUACUCGCACGGACAACUGCUCAGCGACCAGGGUGUGGUCAACGACUACCGCAAGAUUGUCAACUCUGUGAUGGAAGCUCCCGUACUCCCGCCGAAGCCAACCAGCAGGACAAUGGCCAAAUUCUUCACAUAG